GAAUAUGAGGUUUUGGCAUAUUAAGCGCGGGUCCUUACAUAUGACUUCUACCACAUAUGCGUGCGUAAAGUGGAUGGCUGGGCGCGCACAUACGUAGCACAUCACUGCGGGGAACAGCUGUUGUCAGACGCGUUAUUCGGAGUGGGAGUGAAGGAUAUGGGCGACUUAUCGAGCGAUUCGUUUCUCGGGCUGGAACAAUCUUCUCUAAAACAGUUCAUAUGGUCUCAUCCACCAGAUUUUAAAUAAAGCCUACCUGAAAAUGCGACGCAUAGACAACAAUCGCUGAGCUGAAAGAGAAGGCUUAGACUUAACAAGGAUUCUUUUUUGCUGAUGUUUCACUCGGAUAUGGCACAUCUCCGGACCCAGUAAGAGAAGUUCACAGCGUCAGACGCGUCUGCAGCUGGGGAGACCAGUGAGGGGACUCGGAAACUUGUGUGGUGCAUCGACUCAACGCUGCCACAGCUGUCACAGACAGAGAGCCAUGGUGAACUCCCUCAUACUGAUACUCAGCUGGACUGUGAUCUCUGAGGUGGCGAGAGCUCAGAAUGACACGGAGCCGAUUGUCCUGGAGGGCAAAUGCCUCGUAGUCUGCGACUCUAACCCGACCACGGACUGGAAGGCUUCGUCCUCUCCGCUCGGCAUCUCAGUGCGCGCCGCCAACUCCAAGGUGGCUUUCUCUGCAGUCCGGAGCAACAACCACGAGCCAUCGGAGAUGAGCAACAAGACAAGAAUAAUCUACUUCGACCAGGUUCUUGUGAAUAUAGGAAACUACUUCACAUUUGAAUCAGUAUUUUUGUCGCCAAGAAAAGGAAUCUACAGUUUUAACUUCCAUGUCAUUAAAGUGUACCAGAGUCAAACCAUACAGGUAAACUUGAUGUUGAAUGGGAAACCGGUCAUCUCUGCCUUUGCGGGUGAUAAAGACGUAACUCGUGAGGCUGCCACCAACGGAGUUCUUCUUUACCUAGAAAAGGAGGACAAAGUCUACCUAAAGCUGGAGAAAGGAAACCUAGUUGGUGGAUGGCAGUAUUCAACAUUUUCUGGCUUUCUUGUGUUCCCGCUGUAAAAAAAAAAAAAAAAAAAGGUUUUAAGUUUAGUGACUAUUUCAUAACGUGCUGUCACAAUAUAAUCAAAACAUUGCUGCUGCUGCAUUGGUUGAAACUUGCCAAAUGAUUGAAAAUUGAUAGAUGGAAAAGGAUGACAACAGAGAAAGAGGAAAUAAGCUUUUGGAAAUCGUUGAUUGUCUGGAAGUGCCAAGUCCCCGUCCAGAUGAAAGAGAUCUGAAAUUUUUCCUAUCGCUACUCUAUCUUCAUGUCACUCAAGCAGCCGCAGAGAGGAACACUAAAAUAUCCUAAAAGUACUUUUCAAACUUUGACUUAUCAGAAUAUGUUUAGCAUACUGAUCUUUUUCAUGACAACUGUUGCAUUAAAGUACAUAUGCCUUUUGGGUGUUAAGUGUAAAUACCUGUGUUACUUGUAUGACUUGUCAUCACCAAAGUAUUCAUAUCGCUGGGUGUUAGUAUUUUGUUUGGAGCUUGCUGUUCCAGGCCAAAUGCUGGUCAAACAAGAAGAAGAAUGAUGGUGGUGUAGAUCACUGACAACCAAGCUCCAUGUGAAGUUCCCUGAUGGAAAAAUGGGGAUUCAUGUAUGUCACUUAUUGUUUAGUGAUUAGAGGCAUGAAUGGACUACUGAAAGGGGCUAGAGCACAGGCUCAGGGCCCUCAUGGGCUUCACCUGCAAAGUGUCACUGAAAGAGAUAUAAAAGGACCAUAAAGACACACAAAAUAACUACAAAGAAACACCAAACGACUACAAAGAGAUGAAUAACAACUACAAAAGGAAACAAAAGAACUACUAAAGAUGUCAAACAACUAAAAAGAGAUUUGGAAAGACCUCAAAGAGAUGCCAAGCAAACUAUUUCAAAUUACUACAAAGAGAUGGAAAACAACCACAAGGAGACACAGAAGACCACCAAGAGACACAAAACAACUACAAAGAGACAUAUUGACCACAGAGAGAUGCCACAAAACAACCACAGAGACACCAAAUGACUACAAAGGGAGGUGACACUAAGUGAUCAAAAUGAAUGUUUAGGUGUCGUAAACAGUGUCUUUCAAUCUGAAUGUCUUGCUCCUGUGUAGGGGGGCAGGAGGCCUUCUGUGUCCAGGCAUCCACUGUGGUAAAAACCAUCCACAAUCAGAAGCCAGAUUUCAUCAUGUUCAGUCAUUUAAACUCACCACUGACAGAGAUAGUUUGCUUGAUGAAUUAUAGUGCUCAUUUUACCCUAUUUCCUAGAAUUCACAUUUAUACUACGCCAAUUUGUUUUGUGGUGAUGUCUCGGUUCUUGUGCCAGAACGUCUUCCUUGUGGAGUGCCUCUUGUACGAGCCCUCGCCAGCUCGCCUGGUCUCAGUGCACAAAGCAGCGUAGGCGUGGAUGAGCCCUUGUCUGGCCCUGGUGGUGUAAAUUACCCUCUGGCUGGUCACUCCAGUGUCGUGGUUAGGCGCAGCCCUUCCUAACUGGCAGUGUGGAGAGUCACGGCAUCCGGACCAAGCCAGAGAACAGUCCCAGGCACAUCCAUCAUGGCCCCCCACUCCACCAGCAGGUCAAGGCUGAUGAUGCAUAGAUUUUGAAUGUUGGCCAACUUGGAACCGGUGCUCAACGGUGCAGCCAGUCACUGUGGUGACGUGGAGCUGAGUAGCUGUCCAGUCCCAUGGUCUCUGCCCUCUCUCCCCUGGCAGUGCCCCUGGGUGCACCAGAGAAAUGGUGGACCCCAUGUCCACUAAGGUGUGGCAUCUGGUGCCAUUCAGUUCACAGUCCAGACGGCUGAUCCUCAGCUGUGACAAGUUGCGUGUAGCUGGGGCGCUUGACUCCGUGGUGCCGGUGCCAGGCAGUUGGGAACGAUGUGUCCCAGCUCCCCACAGUAGUAGCACUCCUCUCGGCAUUGUUCGGCUGCUCUCCCACUUCCUUGUGGUAGUGAUGAAGUGGCAGUGACCUGGAAGGUCAAACUGGGUCAAGCAGAUCAAACUGGGCGAGAUACACCUCCCAGCUUCCUAGCUACAGUUCCUAGAGAACUUGAGCAUCUUUUGUAGUUUACUCUCACUGCUCUCAUCAGCAGCAUGUUUAGCAGCUGCUUUUAGUCAAGAAAGCUCUGAUGAACCCACUGCUGUUCACCAAACAGCCUAACACUCAUGACUAGCUAACUAACUGGCUAACUAGCUAGUGGAGCAUUUAGCAGCUAAAGACCCCCAGGAGUUGGUAGAGAGAAAGACUGAGCUGAAAGAGGAGUGAACUGUAGAUUUACAUUCAUCAUAAUGUUAGUGCUGCUCUUGUUUGCUAACAUGUUCACAAUCAACUAACAAGUUGAUAAUAUGUGGUAUGUCAUUGUUUAUGAAGUGUUCCCACUCCACAUUUACAGUAUUGCAGGCUGGUGAUUUUGCACUAACCUGAACUAGGCUCUGGAUUCAUGUGCACUAUGAUGAGCACACAGAAUUAAAUGUUAGUUUUAGUCUCUGUAUGGGAUGCUUUGGAAAUAAAAAUAUAGAACAUUUCUGGCCUUAUC